AAACACAUGUUGCUGUAGGAGCUUAGCGACGGCGGUGAGGAUGAGGAUGUGAGAUCGGGGAUCAGUGACUGGAAACACACUGAAGCGUGGCGUCGCUGGAGCCAUGCAGUACUUCGCUUAGAUUCGCCGCUGACUGACCCGGGUGCACGUCACGAUGGCGGGGAACGCGGGAGAGUGGCAGACUGUCCGGAAGAGGAGAGGAGCUGGUAAAGCACGGAGGCAGCCACAGGGUCCGGGGCCCAGUAGACAGUGCGGCGGGCUGCAGGACGAGGCUCCGGACAGCCAGGGAAUCAAAGAGAGGAUCCAGGGAGCUGUGGAUGAACUGCGGACUGCAGAGUUUUGGGAUGCGUGUAAAAAGCUCACUCGGGGUUGUCUAAUGGAGAGUCUUGUUACUGGAGCAGAGGAGGCAGAGGAUAUGGGAGCCCCAGGAGGAGCUGUGGUCACCUCCACUGAGCCAGACUGUCCCUCACCAGACCCUCCCAGUCCUGCAGCAGACUGUGCUGGAGUUGCCCUGGACUGUGUGUGUUACGGACUGGGACGCUUCUCCAGCUGUGCCUCCUCUCGGUACCAGCUCGCCCUGCUGCUCCUGCUGUUGGAGAGCCUGCAGAUUCCUGCAAGUCGGUGCUACAUAUACGAUCCCAUGUUCUCUAACGCAGAGGUCGGCAUCCUUGAGGAUUUCGGAAUGACAGUGCUGACCGAAAAUGAGGAAGGGAAGCGGCCGGCUCACAGACCCACGCUCUUCUACCUCAUCCACUGCGGGAAGGCUCUCUACAACAACCUGCUGUGGAAGAACUGGAGCGCCAGGAGCCUGUCCCAGCUCACUGUCAUCGGGAACAGCUUCCACGGCAUCGAAGAGAGGUUGUUGACGAGAGAUCUGCAAAGAGACUACAAGUACAUCUCUGACGAGAACCAGCAGGUCUUUAACAGCCGUGCUCAGAUGCUGGGAGUCGUGCGGGAGGUCCCGUUCCCCGACAGCCCUCGCUACCUGGAGGUCUUCAACGACACCUCUGUUCACUGCUUCCCCGCGGAGAGGCUGCGUGCCCUGCCGCCGGAGCUCUGGGACUCCCCGGCAGAGCCAGACUACCAGGAGGACCUGGAGAUCAUCCGCGCCGGGGAAGGGGGUCAGCGCAGGUAGCAGCUCAGGGCACUGCUCUCUGAAGAUAUGUGGAGAUCUGCAGUGAGCUCCUGUGCGAGACUGCAGGGCAGAGCCGUUCUAAGACUUGAGACCAAGAACGCUUUUGUUUUUUUUAAAAAAGGUUCGCAAAACUUCAAGCAGUACAGAUGUGUGGAUCAUCUGGUGUUGCCAGCUUCUCUCCAGGAGUGCUGUUACUCUGCUAAAUCGCCACUAGGUAGCAGUCACGAGCAGGUGCUGGAGUAACUGCAGUACACUCUCCGUAUUUAAUUACAUUUGUAGAAAUUUUGUGUGAGCUCUAUGGAGUUCGAGAAGGUGCCCUGCCAAAACUUUGAAAAAAACAUGAUGCAUUAUAAAAUAGAUAUAGAUUGGAAACUUAACCUGAUAGAAUUGUGCACACAGUGACUGAAGGGGAUAUAUAGACCUGAGUUGAGUGUGUUAUUGUGUGUGCAAAAAAAAAAAAAAAGGUCUUCCACAAACACAUCAUUUUAAGCGUUCUUUAUUUAUUGAAACAAGCCACCGCAAAGCCAAAUACUGUAUCAUAAAGAAAAAAUAUCAGCAUCAGCAAUCUGUGAAUAAAAAUACCCUUUCUGAUAAAUCCA